GCCCCGUGCCCCCCGCCGGCCUUUGUGCGCCGCUCCCCCGCGGCCUGGCCGGACGCGCGCGCGGGGACUCGGGGCGCCGGGCUGGGCCUGCUCCCGCCCCCCGCGCCGCCGACGCUGCCCGGGCCCGGAGCGCCGCUACCGUCGGCCCGAGCAGGAAGUGGCGUGGGGAGGCCAUUUUUAAAGCCGCCUGCGGGCCUCGCAGCCAAGCGUGGACGGUCUUUGGUUUUCUGCGGUUGGAAGCAGUCCCCGGACGUCCCCGGGAGACGGCGACGCAAGGCCUCUGUGCAGCGCCUGUUGCAGGCCUCUGUGCAGCGCCUUCACCCAGAGUGCUGAGGGAAGAAGCCGACCAGGGCCCGAAGUUGGGAAAUCCAUGGCACUUGACGUAUGAGAAGAGAAGGCCUGGAAAGGAAGGAAGAGCCAAUGGGACUUGUCACGUUUUUGUUUUAUAUCUGCAGCUCCAAGGCUCCAGGCAGGAAGUAUGAACAGUGAUCAAGUGGCAACAGAUCCUGACUGUCACUUCAGUUCUCACAGCAGGGUAGCAGGAAACAAUUUAGAUGGGACACUGGCAGCUGCUCUUCACCAAUACUGUGACCUUAGAAAAGCCCUGUAACUUCUCCAGUCCUGUUAUCUUGGAAGAAGCAGAUAGUUAAAGGCUGGCUUUGAGACUGAUCAAGUGUUUCUGGGAAUGUCAGUCACAUUUUGUGACCCUGCAGCCCUGUGGCGGUAUAUCCAGCAAAGAUAAGUGUGUACCCAGCAAACAGCAGCCCCUCCUCCAGGCACUGUCACCAACUGUAUUGCAGGAUGCCUCCUGAGGAUCGUAUCAUGUGAAAUCUUUCCAAAUUUCAGUCAGCUCUUUUUAGAAAUGCAGAUAAAGAAGAUGAAGGAUAUUGGACAGCAGUUAUAUGCGACACAAAUGAAUGGUGGACACAAUUCCUUGACCAUGUCACCCAAACAGCCUGGUGCUAGUGGAGCACCUCGACCAGAUAGACAGGAAGUGCAAAGCUUUUUUUAUCAAGGCUCAGAGGCAGAGGCUGCCAUGAUGACCAUUGUUACAUGUGUAAAGUGCAAAAGCAUUCACAGAAUCCCUCGUCAAGAUUUGAAAAAGGCUAUGGGGCAAAGCCAGAAGGAAGAUGUAUAUGUCUGCUUCAAAUGCAGUCUGGGUGUGGCUCCUCCCAAUUUCCACUUUGUGAACAAUAAUCCAAGUGCAACUCAUGUUGGAAAUAAAAUUGAAGCCAUUUCAAGUUCUGUCAAUAACAAAUUUAAGGUGAGGAACUUUAAGCCAGGCAAAUAUUACUGUGAUAAAUGUCGAUUUUCCACAAAGGACCCUUUGCAGUUCAAAAAGCACACACUCCAACAUGAAGAGAUUAAAUUUAUUUGUUCUCACUGCAGCUACAUUUCAUAUACGAAAGGAGAGUUUCAGAGGCACUUGGUGAAACACACAGGCAUCUUCCCUUAUCGGUGUGAGUACUGUGACUACGGUGCUAUCAGAAACGAUUAUAUUGUCAAACACAGGAAGAGAGUCCAUGAGAGGGCUGGUGCGAAACAGCCACUCAAAACUAGCGCCAAGCUGGAGCCAAAAAGAGCUGGCACUUCAAAACAAAACAUGGAGCUUCUGAAAGCUUCCAGUCCAAGGACUACAUUUCAAAAUAAGUUAUCAGAUCAGCUUUCAAGAUUCUCUCUCCAUGCAAAUAAAGACAAAAUGCACAGUAUCGUGUUGUUACCUGAACCAAAGGAGUACCAAAAAGAUGUAGUCUGCAUCCCAAAUAGAAUGGCCCUGUCCGAGCAAAGUGAAGCCAGCCUAUUUGAGAACAAAAAUGUUGAGGUAGAAGUGUUAUCUCCUGCAAAAGAACCUGUCCAGCCAGGCAUGCCGCUCACAGUCGUGGCCCCGGCAGAGCUGGUCGUGCCUGCGAACUGUUUAGCCCAGUUGGUAGAUGUGAAGGUUGUCAAUGGCACACAGCAGCUGGUUCUGAAACUCUUUCCACGGGAAGAAAAUAAUUGCCGCGAAGCUGGCAGGAGCAGUGGAGGUCAUUUUGAGCAUAUGACUAAAGAGAAGGGUUCAGAUGAACAAGAAAAAAUAGAUUCUGCAGAGAAAAAGUCCCUAACAAUUGAAGGGAAUGUUGGAAAACUCAUAGGGAUUGAUCGUCUUCAGUCUUCAAUUCAGAAACAACUUAGAAAUGUGAAAUGGGUAAGGUCUUACGACUUUUUCAUGUCAAACUCUAAUGUACGCAACCAUGAAGAAUCCUUUCUCAAUUCUGAAAGAGUUGAGGAUUUGCAGAAAAAAAAUAACUUAUCUCCACAUAGAGCCUCUCUUCAUUCUGUUGCCUUAAAAGGUCGUUCACCAGCAUCUGUUUUAAAAAACGGUAUUUUCUGUGGGCUUGGAGCUGCAUCAAACCCUUUUCCGUAUAAAGCUGCUGUUUCUUUUGCUGAAGGUGGACGAAGGCUGUCCAGCGGCUCACAGCGGUUACUCCCUCUUGCCACAUCACCUGCGUCCAUCCCCUUCCCUAGAGAAAAGGGCUGGUUGCCCAUAAGAGAAAAUGACGUGGAGUCUAGAUGUAAGAUCGGCAUUCCUGUAAGAAUGGUUCCCUCUGAUAGGAAGCUGGAAGAGAACCAGACAGAGGAACAAAAGGCAGUUGCACAUAGAAGCCAGAUGUCCUCCCAGCAGGGAAGUGAGCAUUUACACGUAAACGGAACUGGAGAAGACAGAAUCAGAUCUCAGCAGUCUGGGGAUAAGCCUUUGGAAUUAAAGAAUUCUGAAAAGACAAGUGACACUUUUGAUGGCCCGGUCAUCUCAUCAGUGUUUUCUCUAAGUUCUGGAUCUGAAAAUGUCCCUGAGGGCAUUAAGUGGAAUAGUUCAACAUCCAAGAUAAAGUCAAUUGAACUGUUGCGCAGAAAGAUCGCUCAGCUGAUCGAGUCCUGCGGCAAGCCCUCGUCUCUGGCUGCAAACAGUGCCUAUCGCCGUUCUGCAGGGCAGGCCUCAAAGACAACUUCGAAAGCUGUCCCUGAAAAUACUCAAGAAGUUAAUGUGUCAUUCACUGGCCAUGGUCAUCCCACAGGUGCUCUCCAGAAACCUCAGAAUGAUGGUGGUGUUGGUGGUCAUGGACACCUUGCUGGUCAGCAGAUACAUCCACAGUUUGUCAGCAGCAUCAGUGGGAAAACAGAGAGAGAGACCAGAAAGCCUCACGUUGCUGCUCCAGUGUUGAUCCCCAAAGGGGCAGUGCUGAGGGUUCUCAACUCCUCUGAGGACGCCCACAUCAUAGAAGCUACCUGUGAAGCGCCUCCAGACACACCUUGCCAUGAGACACAGUUAAUAAAACCUUUUCCCUCCUACCCUGUGAAACAGACAGACUCAGGCAUCCAGCCUUUGAUGAGUGAAAGUGAGCCAAGAGACAUGUCCCAAAAUCUUGAGACAUCUUUUCGGCUUAAACCAAGAAAAGAGAGUGCCCUCUGCAGCACCACCCCGAGAAAGACUGCUCUCAUGCACGGACUGCAGGGGAGUGGCGACUCGAGCAAGCAAGGGAGGCUGCUUCCCAGAAGUCUCCCUAUAAGUAGAAACAAAACCAAACAAGUGAGCGUAUCCAAGAAGAAAAACAAGAUCCAAGCUGACCCCAGCCGCUAUCUCAAGGAUCCUUCAAUUUUUCAGGUUGCAAGACAACUUCGACUGGUAGCCGCUAAGCCAGAUCAGCUAAUUAAAUGCCCACGCCGGAACCAGCCCGUCAUCGUGUUAAACCAUCCUGAUGUGGACUCCCCAGAAGUGACCAAUGUGAUGAAGGUAAUAAAUAAGUACAAAGGCAACGUCCUCAAAGUUGUGUUAUCAGAAAGAACUAGGUGCCAGCUAGGUAUCAAACGGCACCACUUCCGGCUCACCUACCAGAAUGCAGAGGAAGCCAAUCAAAUCAGAAGGCAAAUGAUGUUGAAAAUGAAACUUAAAAAAGUUCAUAAAAACAACUACCAGGUGGUGGACUCCUUGCCUGAUGACUCCUCGCAGUGUAUAUUUAAGUGCUGGUUCUGUGGGCGGCUGUAUGAAGACCAGGAGGAGUGGAUGAGUCAUGGCCAGCGGCAUCUGAUAGAAGCAACCAGAGACUGGGACGUGCUGUCUUCCAAGGGCAAAUAAGUACAAAUGGCGCAUGAAGCAAACUGUUUUUCUUUUAGUUUAUUCUGGUUUGGGGUCCCCUCCUUCCAGAUUCAAUAGGAGAAAUACAGACUGUAGAAAUGAGAGGGUUCCUAAUUCUUGAGAUCCCUUGUAAGAAGAUUGAGAGCCAGGCGUCUGAACCUGAGACAUGAGACUGGACCUUCGAAUGUAUUUGAUGUCCGUGAAAUUGUACACAGGAGUCGAUGUGUAUGUGUUUUCCUGGAGAGAGGAUUGGAACUUCAGCAGAUUUUCAGUGCGACCCGAGACCUCUUUGUCUAGCAUUCCUUUUUCUUAGUAGACACAGGUCCUCCGUCACGCAUUCAGAGGGGCAGACUGAGGCUGUUCUACACGUAUUUUUAUUAUAAGUGCUACUGAAGAAUUAAACCUGGUGUGCACAUCCACUUUGUUUUUGCUUUAACUUGUCUCCUAAAUAUUUUGUUCAUAAUGGAAAUUAUAUUUUCUACUUUAUUAGCAGUCUUAAAUUUGAUUACAGAAAACUGGCCAUUCUUUUUCAUCCAUCCCUCAUUCUAGAAUACUUGUGUUUCAUAGAGCACAGAGAAUUUGCUUUUGGCCAUUUUAAAGACUAUUUCCAGGAACUUGCCUAAAUUUCUUCAACAGCAGGUGUUAGGAGAAGAAAGAUAACAUUUUCAAGUAUUUAGCUUUUGCUUUCUUUUAAAAUACCUUGAUUUAUGACCAGUUGAGUAGGGAAUGUGCCUUUUGGGAGGAAAAAAAAGAUGCUUAUUAUAGAAAGAAAUCUAACAUUUCUUUUAGAAUCUUUGUCCUUAGCACCCCCACAUACAUAAAUCAAGUGACUGAUUGAAAAAAUAUGAGGCAACAGACAUCUUGCAACAUAGAUAAAACUUGGGAAUACAUUCCAAGGUGGACUUGCAGUGCAAAUUGUGAGAGGAGUUUGGUCGCAGCACUGCCCCCAGGGCAGGUCCUGGCUCAGCCUCCCACUCGCUUCUGUCUUUCCUCCUGUGCCUUUGAGGCUUCUAUGGGUUUCCCUCGAAACUACUAGCUACUGGCAGACAUCAACAAAAUGCUGGAGUGGCCGGGCAGGGUCCCUGGCUUUCCUUGCUAGUCGGGAUCAGCUUCAGCCAGUCUUGGCCGCAGUCAUGCCCUCUCGGCCACCACGCCUUCCUGGCCCUGUCCCCUGCACAGGCAUCCUCAGCGGUGGGCAGCUUGGCAGGUGCAGCUCAGGGCUAGGUCGCAGUCCUCACUUAACCGUCAGUGCAGCAGCCUCCACACAACACAGGCAGCAGAGAGCCACCAGGCAGCCCAGCUCCAGUUCUUUGGAGAACUAUUCCUGCCUUAGGGGACUUGCAGGGUACAGUGAAUGGAACGGAGGGGUUGUUACAUCUGGAAAAACAAGACAACAGUGAUUUCUGUCUUCCUGGGUAGUCAGUUGGGGACUUUUUAUUUUUUUCCAUGUGGGAAAGUCCUAGAUUAUCCUCUGGUAGGUGGAGUGGACCCCUUUAUAGUUGGCUCUCAUUGCAGAUAAUCAACAUUUAUGUAUCAAUACAUGAUUAUUAAGUUGAUUGGUUCAUUUUUAUUGAAAUUUAAAACUUGCAUUUGUGUAUGUGUGUACACAAAAUAUUUUUUACCAUAUGAAAAUUGCAGUAGCUAAUUUUCUGAUUUCCUAUUUUAUAAUAAGUGGGCUAGAUAAAUGUAAAAUGUUUUAUAUUCUAGAAAUAAUUUAUUUUGGAAGCACAUUUUUAUAAUGGUCUGAUCUCAUUCUUAGAAAAUGAAAGCACAGCAAGUGAUGGGGUCUGCUUUCUACAAGGAGAGUGAGCAGGAAGGGAAACCCCUGUGGGUCAUUUUAUCACAGCGUUCAGCCCUUGUGCAUUUCAUGUGGUGCUUUUAGGGAAAUGGAUCUUGGAUACCGUUUCACACAUAAAGAAGCAUUCUGAAGUUUUAUCCAUGUUGUACACUUGUGCUCUUCCAGCAUAGAAGAAAGUUCCCAGGACGUGGAGGAGAGAAGAAAAAGCUGUGAUGUGUUUUGUUUUUUCUGUUUUUUUACUUUUUUUCUCCUUCUAUACCUCACCACUUAGUAGCUUUUUCUUAAGAAGCUAGACUUAGAAUUGGCCGUGUAUCAGGUCAGUGUUAAGCAUCAACCUGAGAUAUUUACACUUUGUGCGUCACCUGUUUUUCAUGUAUUAUCUAAAACACAGUUUACAUACUUGAGGGUCUAAUUUUGUGAGUAGAAUAUGUAGCAGAGCUUUUUGGGAUUUUCACAAUUAUCAGACCCUUGAAGAAAUUGAAGUGUUCCUAGAACUCAUAAAAAUGGGAAAGCAAAAAGUAGCUGUCUUCCCUGAAUACAGAGCUUUAGAAAAUAGCUGAACAUUAGGAACAUCUCACAAAAUAAAGACAUUUCAACAAAGGGGAAGCAGAGGCAGGGCUGUGUGACCAUCAUCUGUGCCAUCUUGAAGGACCUCUGGUCACGACGAUUUGUCAGUACUACUAAUAAAGUUACACUUUCUUUUUUUCUUCUUUUUUUUUUUUAAUUGUUGGGGAUUCAUUGAGGGUACAAAGAACCAGGUUACAUUGAUUGCAUUUGUUAGGUAAAGUCCCUCUUAUAAUCUUGUCCCACCCCCAAAAGUUGUGUCACACACCGUGACCCCUACACUUUUUUUAAAGUAGUUUGUUGGGGUGGAGAUCAGAAAAAUGAACUUGUUAUAUUUAUGAUAUAGACUAAAAAAUUUAAAAAGAAACCCCUAAUUCAAAGUAUAAUUAUAUUUUAAUCAAAUUUUUAUCCCUAGUCCAGAACAUUUUGUGAGCCCUGAUUGUGGACCAAGGGAUGUUCGUUGAACUAAGGUGACUACAUUAAGUCUCAAAAGCUCCGUCCCUCUUUCUUUAGACCAUAUUAUAUAAGCCAUCCCAGAAAAUGAAGGCAUGAUGCUGCUCAGCCUUGGGAAUAAUUUUUAAAUUCAUAAAUGCCUGUCUGAGCAGAGAACAAAACUUUGUGUACCUCGUGUUAAGCAUUAUUACAAUUCUUGUGUUAACUGUGUGUGUCCGCUGCUCUGGUUUUGAAAUACGUUUGUAUAUAGCUAUAGAAGUUGCGUAAAUUUUGUUAAAUAAAACAAUUGUA